AUGGGCAUUAAAGGACUCCAUGGCCUUCUCAAGUCAAUCCAGAAACCAUGUCACCUGAAGAAGUUUAGCGGACAGACACUUGGGGUGGACGCAUAUGGGUGGUUACAUCGCGGUACGGUGGCCUGUGCCGUUGAUCUAGUGUUGGAUCGACCGACGGCGAAGCACAUUGAUUUCGUCCUCGGCCGGGUUCGUAUGCUUCUGUAUUUCGGCGUAAAACCGUACCUAGUUUUUGAUGGCGACAACCUACCGAGCAAGUCCGGUACUGAGCUGGAUAGACAUCAGAGGCGCAAAGAGAGCAAAGAGCUAGGAUUGGAACUCCUUCGCAAAGGACGAACUGCAGAGGCGUACCAAGAAUUCCAAAAGGCCGUGGAUGUGACGCCACUGAUGGCGCGUCAUUUGAUUGAGGAAUUGAAGAAAAUGAAUAUUCAAUAUGUGGUCGCUCCAUAUGAGGCCGACGCGCAACUUGUGUACCUGGAACAGCACGGCUUUAUUGACGGCAUCGUAUCCGAAGAUUCCGACUUGCUCGUAUUCGGCGCUAGACGGCUACUGUCCAAACUUGACCAACAUGGAGAUCUCGUCGAGAUCAACCGGGCCGAUUUUACUGCGUGUCGAGAAGUAAGUUUUGUUGGUUGGACGGACGCCGACUUCAGACGCAUGUGCAUUUUGAGUGGUUGCGACUAUCUGCCUAACAUAGGUCGUGUCGGACUGAAGACUGCAUACCGAAGCAUUCGGAAGUACAGAAACGUGGAAAGGGCACUUCGGAUGCUCCAGUUCGAGGGCCAGUACCACGUUCCGGCAGACUACAUCCAAAGUUUCAAACAGGCUGAAUUGACUUUUCUUUAUCAGAGAGUUUUUUGUCCUAGAGAUGGCAAGCUAGUUACCUUGACGCUCCCAGAAAGUGACGUUAAUCUGGACGGACUUUCGUUCAUAGGUGAUGAUAUGGACCCAGAUAUCGCAGUUGGGGUUGCACAUGGCGAUCUGGACCCGACAUCCAAAGAACCACUUGUGGUGAAGCCGCUGAAUACUAUAAGUUCAUUCUCCGAACUCAAGCCAUCAAAGCCAAUAAACUCCUUUUUCACCCCGAAACGUGUCCCACUUGCCGAGCUGGAUCCAAACAGUCUCACGCCGUCGCCAAGUCAGCAACGAUUGCUUCAACGCCAUGCAAAUACAUCGUGGGAACCCUCUCCUGCUCCGCACCAACCAUCUGUUGGUAGGUCCGCUCCUGCCAAUGGUAUGUCUAACCGAGUUCCGAGUCCACUCGUGAGAAGUGCGGAGCGCUCGUCAUUUUUAGCACGCGCUUCAAAGUUGUCAAACAUGCAGCCCACUAAACGCCAAAGGCUCUGUUCUGAGACAGAUGAAGUCAGCCCGGUUACUACACCAGACUGCCGCAGCCGCUUCUUCGCGGCUGGUUCAAAUCAGGGUACACCCAGCGGAGGGCAAAAGUUCAACCGAAAUAAGAAAGUGCGGAAGUCUGCGUUAGAUGUCUUUUCGGAUGACAUGGCCGAAGAUAUCAUGUCACAGAUCCCCGAUCCGAGCCAAGCGGAUGAUAAAUCGGAGGAAAGGAUUCCAGCAAUGAGUGACUCUGGUGGAAACGGUAAUUCUAAGGACACAAUAGGCGAGGAAAACCUCGCAAAUGAAGCUGGGGGCAAUGCCAACCGUUUGCGCCCCGAUGAGGAAUCGACUCCCAACCCUAGCCAUGAAAGCGUGGCGCCGGCUAAGACAGUGACCCCCGAUUCAGAGCCCGAGGUCUUUCACCAGGUGCUUGACUACCAUGUCAAACGACAAAACUCGUCAAUCCUCUCAAAAUAUUCCUUCCAAGCUAGUGUCAAUGGAGCCGGACCAGAGCCAACAGUGGCGCAAAAAGCGGAUAGUGAAAGUACCGGGCCUCGCUCUCCACCCAAACAACGACUAACACCACUGCAACGGUUGGGCCAGAACGCUUUGGCUAGAUCGCGGUCUUUGAAUAGCAUGCCAGCGUCCCCCUUGAUUUGGAGGGCGCCUGCUCGCUUCGAUAACAGCUCUACUGCAAGCCCUGGUGAUACUAAAUCCGAGACUAGUCUUCGUUCUGGUCAAGGCAGCGAGGACCUCAUAGUUCCUGAUAGUGAGGAAGAGGAGGAGGGCACGGGCGAUGACAUGGCUGGCCAAUCUCGGGCGACAACUUUGGAUCUCAAGCGAUUCUCUUUUACGACGAAAUAG